AUGGUCGUCCUCUCAUGAUUGAGGUGGAACUAUUUCGAUCUUGCAGUUAUUGGAUGACGGAGGGCGUUGCCUCUUGGGUGUUGUUGGACUCUAUUUACGGGAGGAGUUUGGUCGUGUUUCCACGAUGUUGCAUGUACCAUGUGUCUGAUUUGUUGAUUGAAUGCUGGACGAUCGCCACGUGGAGGACCUUGUCGAGUCAGCCGAGCGUGGCGUAG